CACACACAAAGAUAAGGCCAGCAUGGCAGUAAGAGCAAGACCUCUUCUCGUCCUCUUUGCAGGCUACCUCAUCCAUUUCUCUCUAGGUAUUGGCCCCACAUUCGGUAAUAUACUUCCCUAUCUAGUCUCGUACGUGAGAGCAGACUCAAAACCUUCUUCACUCCGCUACACAGACGCUGCAUAUGUCUACUCUUGUCAGCUAGCAGGCUGGGGAGCGAGUACGCUACUAGGAGGACUACUGGAGAGGCGGUUAGGCCCUAGAAUAGUCACGCUUAUGGGCGGUCUACUAAUGUCUGCAGGGAGCUUUGCCUCUUACUUUGCUCUGAGUGCUAAUUACUGGAUACUGAUUGCAACUUUUGGAUUCUGUUUUGGAAUUGGUGGAGGACUCUCCUUUAUAUGUCCUCUUGCUUGUGCUAUCAAGUGGUAUCCAAAGUGGAAAGGUGUUGCAACCGGGGUCAUAUCCUGUGGCUUUGCUUCGGGCGGGGUUGUGGUACCUUUCGUUCAAACGUUUUUUAUAAAUCCUCACAAUCAGAAACCGGACCUUGUCCUUGACCCGUCGAAACCGGAAGAAAAGUAUUUCACUCAGCGAGAGAUUUUAGACCGAGUCCCAUACGUCUUUUUAAUAAUCGGUGGCAUUUGUGCUCUUUUUCAGUUGGUUGCAUUGAUAUUCUUAAGUGAUCCUCCUUCUAGUGUUCCUAAUAAAUCUUCAUCAGAUUAUGGUGCUACGUCCAAUGAUCAUGAUUCGAAAUCAGCGAUUAACACAGAUCCUGCUGAUCUUAAAGAAAUCAGCGCCAACUCAAAAAACAGUCAUAAUAUCACUUUCACUCAAGUCCUCAAAAGACCAAUAUUCUAUACUUUACUUUUCGUAUUUUUUGUUGCAGCGACUACCAGAGCUUUCAUUCGUGCACUAUACAAAGCAUUUGGACUGGAGGAAGUAGCAGAUGACGACCUGUUCAUGACAAUAGUACUAGUAACUGGCUCCGUAGCAAGCUUAAUAGCUAGAGUCCCGUGGGGUUUUCUAGCUGAUACGACUUCAUUUAAAUUUGCACUGGUACUUCAAGCAGCACUCAUGACUUGCUUAAUGGCUACACUUUAUUCCACCAGUGCCAUGUACAAAGUAAUGUAUCUCAUUUGGAUGAUGGGUGUCAACUUCUGUAUUGGUGGAUACUUCUCUAUUUUCCCGGUUGCAAUUGCACAAAUUUUCGGACGAGACAAUGUAGGCCUUGUAUACGGAAUGGUCUUUAUUGGUCAGGUACUAGGAAGCAUGCUGGCUGCCUUUUUCUCUCAUAUUUUAGUUGAUGUUAUACACUGGUAUGGUGUGUUUUUCAUACUAACUGGCUUCAAUAUAGCUAGCUAUUUGUUAAUACUAACCAUACCAAUUGAUAAAUAUAAGCAAGCUGCCAAUAAGCAACAAUAAUCAUUUUUUGGAUGAUAGUGUUAUAUCUUGCAAUGUCAUGUUAAU